AUGAGUGAAGAAUUCCCUACGCCGCAACUCCUGGAUGAGUUGGAAGAUGCACAGGAUGUUGCUACACCUAACAAAAAGAGAGGACUUAGUUCCAAUCGUGUAUUGAAAGAUAUUUUUGCCGGUACUAUUGGUGGUGUUGCGCAAGUUCUUGUAGGGCAGCCAUUUGAUACGACGAAAGUUCGACUCCAAACUGCGACUACAAGAACAACAACAAUGGAGGUAUUGCGUGACCUUGUAAAGAACGAGGGUGUGUUUGCAUUUUAUAAGGGUGCGUUGACGCCGUUAUUGGGGGUAGGUAUAUGUGUUUCGGUACAGUUUGGUGUGAAUGAGGCCAUGAAAAGGUUUUUUCAAAAUUAUAACGCUUCCAGGAACCCAAAUAUGAGUUCGCAAGACGUAGAUCUUUCACGUUCAAAUACCUUGCCCCUUUCCCAAUACUACGUUUGUGGGCUGACAGGCGGUGUAGUGAAUUCGUUCUUGGCAUCGCCAAUUGAACAAAUUAGAAUUCGUUUGCAAACGCAAACAUCAAAUGGUGGAGACAGAGAAUUUAAAGGCCCCUGGGAUUGCAUUAAGAAAUUGAAGGCCCAAGGUGGGUUAAUGAGGGGGUUAUUUCCCACAAUGAUAAGAGCCGGACAUGGCCUGGGUACAUAUUUCCUUGUGUACGAAGCAUUAAUGGCCAAAGAAAUCGGUACCGGUUUAACAAGAAAUGAAAUCCCACCUUGGAAAUUGUGUCUAUUCGGUGCAUUUUCCGGAACGAUGCUGUGGUUGACAGUGUACCCCUUAGAUGUCGUGAAAUCCAUUAUACAAAACGAUGACUUACGAAAACCUAAAUACAAGAAUUCUAUUUCUUCCGUAGCAAAGACGAUUUAUGCCAAGGAAGGUAUCAGAGCCUUUUUCAAAGGAUUUGGACCGACAAUGGUCAGAUCAGCGCCCGUUAAUGGUGCUACCUUCGUAACGUUUGAAUUAGUCAUGAGAUUUUUGGGGGAAGAGUAG